AUGAGCGGCAGGGUCGGCGACCUGAGCCCCAAGCAGAAGGAGGCGCUGGCCAAGUUUCGGGAGAAUGUCCAGGAUGUGCUGCCCGCCCUGCCGAAUCCAGAUGACUAUUUUCUCCUGCGCUGGCUCCGAGCAAGAAACUUCAACCUGCAGAAAUCCGAGGCCAUGCUCCGAAAGCACGUGGAGUUCCGGAAGCAAAAGGACAUUGACAACAUCAUGAGCUGGCAGCCUCCAGAGGUGGUCCAGCAGUACCUGUCAGGGGGCAUGUGCGGCUACGACUUGGAAGGCUCCCCCAUCUGGUACGACGUCAUUGGUCCCCUGGACGCCAAGGGCCUGCUCCUCUCGGCCAGCAAGCAGGACUUGUUCAAGACCAAGAUGCGGGACUGCGAGCUGCUGCUGCAGGAAUGUGUCCGCCAGAGCGAAAAGAUGGGGAAGAAGAUAGAGACCACCACCCUGAUCUAUGACUGCGAGGGCCUGGGUCUCAAGCAUCUCUGGAAGCCGGCCGUGGAGGCCUAUGGAGAGUUUCUUUGCAUGUUUGAGGAAAAUUAUCCCGAAACGCUGAAGCGUCUUUUUAUCGUUAAAGCCCCCAAGCUGUUCCCUGUGGCCUACAACCUCGUCAAACCCUUCCUGAGUGAGGACACUCGUAAGAAGAUCCAGGUCCUGGGAGCAAACUGGAAGGAGGUUUUGCUGAAAUAUAUCAGCCCCGACCAGUUGCCUGUGGAGUACGGGGGCACCAUGACUGACCCUGAUGGAAAUCCCAAAUGUAAAUCCAAGAUCAACUACGGGGGUGACAUCCCCAAGAAGUAUUACGUGCGGGACCGGGUGAAGCAGCAGUAUGAGCACAGCGUGCAGAUUUCCCGGGGCUCCUCCCACCAAGUGGAGUAUGAGAUCCUCUUCCCGGGCUGUGUCCUCAGGUGGCAGUUCAUGUCGGAUGGUUCGGACAUUGGUUUUGGGAUUUUCCUGAAGACCAAGAUGGGGGAACGGCAGCGGGCUGGGGAGAUGAAGGAGGUGCUGCCCAACCAGAGGUACAACGCUCACCUGGUGCCCGAGGAUGGGACCCUUACCUGCAGCGAUCCUGGCAUCUAUGUCCUGCGGUUUGACAACACCUACAGUUUCAUUCACGCAAAGAAGGUCAGUUUCACUGUGGAGGUCCUGCUUCCAGACAAAGCCUCAGAAGAGAAGAUGCAACAGCUGGGGGCAGUCACCCCGAAGUAA